AAUAGACAAGCAUACACAUUGUGCUCGAGUCUCUACCCCCGCCCGCGCCUUUCUUUUCCCUCCACAUCAUCUCACACCUCCUCCUCACACCAUCACCUCACACACUCCACAUUCAUACAAUCUCAUACUUCUCCCCUUACAAAAGUGAUUCGAUCAGGGUGGUGAGUGUUUGCAACAAACAACAACAGCUACGCAACAAGGAACAACAAUUGCCCAUCUGCUGCUAUCCUGUCCUAUCCACGUUGCUGCCUAGAGUCUUCCCCGACCAAUUGAACAGCCUACUGAAGACAACUCUCAACUCAGCUUGCUCUUGGACUUCGUCGACUAACCCUUGUUCUCACCUCUCUACCAGCCCUUUCUUGUUCCGAAAGCCAGGACUUAAAAUAAGAUUCCGAGGUCCCUUGAGCUGAUCAAGCACAUCCUCCUCGUUGGACAAAUCUCACACCGAAAUCACAUCUCACUUUGGCACGACAAUCAGCUAUUUCGCCAUGGCCAUAAAACGCUUCACCUCACUUCAUUCCGUCAUUUUCUUGUCAGCCUUUGCCAUAUUCUGGCUGGCCUGGUCUAGCUUCAGGUUACGAGAUGGUGAUUCGUUAAUGUCAUCGUCGUCAAAGGAUUCAUACAGAGGCAAUAAUGGAGGCCCAGGGAUGAUCAACGAAAACUAUGUCAACGUCGGCUCUGAAGGCUCUGAGCACGACUUGGCCUCUGUGACGGAUCGCACGAGCUCAUCCCUGGAAACGCUCCACAAGCCCUACACGAUUAUCACCGGGGCGUCCUCGAACCAUUUCUGCGCACUCGAGUCCUUCCUCUAUUCCCUCUCCGAGAUUCUCGACGGAUUGGAGCGGACAGAAGUCCGACCGAGGAUUGUGGUCUACAACCUCGGAGGCAUGACUCCAGAGCAAGUAACACAGAUGAAGUGGCUCAAGGACAACCAGUACAUGGACGAGUAUCAUGACUUCGAUUACUCAAUCUAUCCAGACUUCUGGGACAUCACCGUCGCAAGAGGAGAGUACGGGUGGAAGGCCGGAAUCAUCAAGGAGGUCGCGGACAAGUACCGUGGGUUGAUUCUGUGGAUGGAUUCAGGCAAUAUGCUGGAAUUGGACUUUUUGAGGUACUUACCUGGAUACCUGGAGAAGUACGGGUUCUGGAGCCCUCAGAGCUCGGGCAACCUCCAGCAGUACACCCAUCCGGGUCUUCCACAGUACUAUGGCGAACCACUCGAGAAGUAUGGGAUGGAGACAAACUGUAGUGGAGGGGCGGUUGCGUUCGAUGCAUCGCAGGAUCGGAUCUAUAACGGAAUUUUGAAGGAAUGGUAUGUUUGCUCGUUGACCAAGGAUUGUAUCGCACCACCAGGGUCUUCGAGAACAAAUCAUCGACAGGAUCAAGCGGCGUUGACAUUCCUAGCAAAGUAUAUGCAGUUCACAGAGCAGUGCCGGCAUUUCCCAGAGCACUAUGGAGUGACGGUCCAUCAGGAUAAGGUCUGCAAGGAGAGGAUACGAGCGUACAAAAUUAUGAAGGGCAUGGAUGAGGAAAGCAAUGAUAACUAA